ACAACUGUUGAGCUUUCAAGGGUAAUCGGAGCCGAGUCCGGCCAACCUCGGCAGCUGCCGAUGAGGGAACGCGGCUCUACCUUCCCCAAUCCCCCCUGCUUGCCUUGGCUGCUGCUCCCAGCCUUGGGGACCCCCGGGAUUUGGGGACACAGGGCUCUGUGAAGCCAGCGGGUGCUUGGGGCCAUGCAUUCCCACUGAAAGGAAUCAGCGGUGCUUGCAAGAAGUGCCGUGCGCUGGAUCCUGCGGGAAUUUUUUCCCCUCCCUCCUCCAGUCCGCCCCCAUCCCUCUCUUGUGCCAGGCGUGCAGGCGCUGCUCUUCAUUUCUGGGAAACCAUGGACAAGAAGCAAGAUUCCAAAGGAUCCUUGGAGCCACACAAACCAGUGAAAGGCAAGAAGAAACGGGACCUGAGGAUAACAUGUGUCCCCAUCAAACCACCCGUGGCCAACACCACGCCUCCCAGGAACUUGGACUCCAGGGCCUUCAUUACCAUUGGAGAUAAAAACUUCGAGGUGGAAGCUGAUGACCUGGUGAGCAUUUCAGAGCUGGGCCGUGGGGCCUAUGGCGUGGUGGAGAAAGUGCGGCACGCGCAGAGCGGCACCAUCAUGGCCGUGAAGAGGAUUCGAGCCACUGUGAACACUCAGGAGCAGAAGAGGUUGCUGAUGGACCUGGACAUCUCCAUGAGGACAGUGGACUGCUUCUACACAGUCACCUUCUACGGAGCCCUGUUCCGUGAGGGUGACGUGUGGAUCUGCAUGGAACUCAUGGACACUUCCCUAGAUAAAUUCUACAAGAAAGUACUGGAGAAGAAGAAAACCAUCCCUGAAGACAUUUUGGGGAAAAUGGCUGUGUCUAUUGUACGAGCUCUGGAGCACCUGCACAGUAAACUGUCUGUAAUCCACAGAGACGUGAAGCCUUCCAACGUGCUGAUCAACAAGGAAGGGCACGUGAAGAUGUGUGACUUUGGGAUCAGUGGUUACUUGGUGGACUCUGUAGCCAAGACCAUGGAUGCUGGCUGCAAACCCUACAUGGCUCCAGAAAGAAUAAACCCUGAGCUGAACCAGAAGGGCUACAACGUGAAGUCAGAUGUCUGGAGCCUUGGGAUCACAAUGAUCGAGCUGGCCAUUCUCCGCUUCCCGUACGAGUCCUGGGGGACGCCCUUCCAGCAGCUCAAGCAGGUGGUGGAGGAGCCCUCGCCCCAGCUGCCCCCCGAACGCUUCUCCAAGGAGUUCGUGGACUUCACAGCACAGUGCCUAAGGAAGAACCCAGCUGAGCGAAUGAACUAUUUAGAACUUAUGGAACACCCUUUCUUCACCUUGCACGACACCAAAGAGACUGACAUGGCCUCCUUUGUGACAGAGAUCCUCGGGGAAGACUCCUAACUGCCAGCUCCCAGCUCCCUGCAGUCCCUCCAUCCUGGCUUCCCGCAGGAGAGCGAGCGAGGACUCCAGUUCAGGGUGCUUUGCACAAAUCACAGAUCCACCCCCCCGGCCUGGGGGCAUCUCUGGCCCCAUCAAAAUCUCUUUUUCUCUUUGCCCUGAGGAAAAAACAAUCCCGCAGGAGGAGCCUUUUGAAGCCAGCACCUUCCCAGCCAAGCCAAGGACUCCGAAGGCUCAGGAGGUCCCUGAGAGGAGCAGAGGGUGCCCGAGGCCACCUCCCCUCCCCAGUACCCAGAGCACAGCACAGGGGGUUGUGAUUCUUUGCUGUCAGGGGAAGACAGAGAGAACCAGUGCUGCUGUGCUUCUCCCACUCCUCUCCUGCCUGCCCAAGCCCCUUCUUUGGAGUCUGGUCUCACUUGCCUUCUCUCUGUGCCUGGCUCUCUGUCCCCAGGAGCUCACACAGCUUUAGGGGCUCGUGGAGCUCCCUGGGCUGCUGCUCACACCAGAGCAAUGUUUGAAUGUUUUCAUGCCUGGCUCAACACCUUAAGGACCCUUUGAGGCAGCACCAGCCCGGGCAUCCCUCUCCCUCAGUCAAUGCUGCUCUCUUGAGGAGAGGGAGAAAAAGGCAUUUUUCCACGAGCCCACUGUGCCACAAGCUGCAGGGCUUCACCCAGCAUCCCUCCUUUCCCUGGUGGGCACAAGGGGAUGCAGACACAGCAGCUGCCUGUCCUCCCUGUGGGCUGGGGGGUCACAU